AUGAAUGGAAAAAUGCUAAGCAAUUUGUUUAUAAAAAAAACAUUAUAUCCUUGUUAUAAUAGUGCUCAUUAUUAAUUGUAUCUACAAAAAUCUUUUUCUCGCUUACGACUGGAUUCUAAAACAUUUUUUUAAUUUAUUUCCUCGCUUACCAAAAGGAAUAAGCAAAAAAACACUUUCUUUCAUUGGAAGGUCGUAAAAUCAAAGAUAAAUCUCCAAUAGCAAGCUUUUCAUCCCCAGGAGAAGUUCUUCUGUACUGCACGAGAUAUUUUUCAAAAAUCAUUAAGAUGAAGAAUUUAUCAACGGAAGAUGCUAAAUCCUGGAUUAAGAUUAAGAGAUACUGGGUAUUUAAAAGUCCCAACUUCGUCGAAGCUGCGUUCUACGGUUGUGUCCCGUAGGGUGGCAGAGCGUGCCCGUUCCAAGCCCGGGCCUAAACCCCCGGUUUCUCGGUAGAGGUGAUGGUCAAGGGACGUCUUAUACCGUCUUCGCUGACCGCCUCCAUUUCCAACUUGUCCUGUCGCCCAAGUUGACGCCAACACUACAGUCCUCGAUCGCCAGACCUGCCCGUUUAAGGACACCUUUUAACUGGAGAGACUCCCGUUUAUUUGUCUAACUCGCCUUCCCCUCUUUUUCGGUCAUCUCGAUCGAGAAAGAACUCAACAGCUUUCGCCAUUCGGGACGAGCCACAAGAGCAGCUUAGGCAGGUAAGUCGCCCUGCCUCAUUUCGGGCACUCACUGGGCUGAACGCUGCUGGCAAAAAUAAGUCACGAGUAACUGCUCAUGGGUUUGGUCACAGAAAUAGCGAUCUCCGUGUUUAGGCCUCUCGCAUUGAGGUCCCAAACGUUGCUGAGCCAACUCCUGACUCCAAAAACCAUGCCCGGAUAUGCAUGGGUAACCACCACUGAGAGGGUCGGUCGCCACCACCAUUUUAUAUGUAUAUCUAAAUCCUGGAUAGUAUCAAUGUGUAAAGAACUAAUUUCUGUCUCAAAGGUGGAGGUUUUUAUUAAAGAAAAAAAUAAACUAAGGCUUUUAGGUGAAAAAGACCAGCAAUUCAUAAUAAAUCUCGGAUCAAAUAUUUUGCCAAGCAUCGCAGCAAUUUCAAAUAAACAUCAAAUGAUAAAUAACUCACAUUUUUCGUCAAUUUACACAAGUAAUUCAGAGUCUGUGAUAAAUCUUGCAAAAAAUAAGAAUAUUUUAGAGAGAUUUCGUAACGUUUGUGCAGUCCCAAUAUCUGAAGGAGAAAAUUCCAAAGUAUAUGGAGUUAUUAUGCUUUAUGAUAAAUUUGACUAUGAUUUAUCAUCAAAAAAUUUUACCUUUAAUGAUGUCUUAAUUGCCCAGUCAAUUGGUUUAUUUUUAUUUGAGUUAAUUGGUAAAUCAGAAAAAAUUAGCGAUUUAAGUGAAACGAUAUCAGUGAAAAGGAGCGGUAGUACAUUAAACACAGAAAAUUUUGUGGAUUAUUCUUUAACUGAUAGAGCGAGAUACAAAAAACCGAAUAAUCGUAUAAAAUUUACGAGCCCAAGGAUUUUAAAUAUUGAUAAUGAGUAUUUUUUGCAAUAAUUUUUUUAAAAAUUGAAAAAUCUUUGCAUGAGAAUCUAAAAAUUCUUAUUAUUUUAUAGCAAAUACGAUUAAGAAAUGGUAAAGAAUAUUAGUAAAAUUUAUAAUGGGCAAUAUAUCAUCAAAUGAAAAAUCAUCAAAAAUUGAAGAAUUGAAAAAAAUAAUGGAAAAAUCUGAAAAUGCGAUAUUAGUUUAUUCACAAAGUUUAGAUAAAAUUAUUCCUUGCCAAAAAGCAACAUUUUUCCUAAAAGAAAAAAAUAAAGAUACACUUUAUGAUAUCACAAAUGAUCGCCAUUUACCUUCUUCAGGAUUAGUCAAAGUUUGUUUAGACUCUCAAAGUAUAAUAAAUAUUCAAAACAAAGCCCAUAUCCACCCUAAAUUUGACGUAAAAAUAGACAGCUUAUGCUUAUCACAAAAAAUUGACUCCUAUUUAUGCAUUCCCAUCUUGGAUUCUUCCAAAUUACAAAUUGGCGCUAUUUGUUUUGUCAAUACUUUUAGCCCUACCACUACUAGCGAAAUUGCCCUUGGCAACAAUCUCUCAUUAAUCCCCAAAGAUAUCCCAUCUAUAAACAAAUCUGAAGAAUUAAAUGAAAAUAAACCUCUAACAGGACAUCAAAAAUACAAUAUAUUGCUAAAAUGGUCUAUAAAAUUCAGUUCAAUUACCCAGCUUGCCCAGAAAAAAAUAAGAACAUCAACUGCAAUUAUACAAAGAUUUGCAAGUGAAAAUAGAAUAGGUCAUUUAUUGAGUUUAGGCUUAGAAAUGCUGAAGCAUUUGAUAAAUUGUGAAGAUAUUAUAGGAAUUUAUAAAGAAAAUCAUAAAUUUUCCAAAUAUUCUGCCAAAAAUGAAAAAAAUGAAGUAUUAGAUCCAAAUAAUGUAAAACAAGCAUAUGUAGAUGCUAUUAAGGACAGAAGAAUAAUUACUAUGAAAAACCUAGAAACUAAAGAAAAUUGCUUAAUUGUGCCAUUUGUGAGCGGAGAAAAUGCCUUUAUUAUUGAAGCAAAAAAUAAAAAAGAUGACUGCAGCCAAGAUUUUAGUGAUUACACAGCAGACGAUAAAGGAAGUUUGUCAGAAGCUGCUAAUGUUAUGUUUAUGGUCCUCAAUAAUACAGAUCGAGCUGAUGAAGUUAUAAAAUUCAAACAAUUAAUUCAAAAAUUCGCGUGUCUAGAAGACACAUAUGAGGCCAUCAAUUCUUUACGCUGUGCAAGCCAAGAAAUUACAAACUGCGAAAGAAGCAUCAUAUAUGGCCGAGAAGGCGAAAAUUUAAUAGUAAAGUCUCAUAGCGAGGAAUUUGAAUUUCCAUGAAAUUUCAGUAUUCCUUAUGGAAAAGGCAUUACUGGCACUGUUGCUCAGCAAUGCAAAACAGCUGUUAUUAAUAAUAUUCAUGAUGAUUUACGAUUUGAUGCAUAUUUUGACAAUGUUCACGGCUAUAAUUUAAAGAAUAUGAUAUGUAUGCCAGUGUUAGAUAGCCGGGGCAAGGCUGUUGCAAUUUUGGAAGUUAUUAAUAAAAAAGAUGGAGAUCUUAAUGAAGAUGACGUUGAGGUGCUAAGCUGCUUUGCUGGGAUAAUUGGAGCAAUUUUUAAAAAUACUCAACAGUUUAAAAAAAGCAGAGAAGAGUAUUUUUUAUUCACGAAUAUUUUGAAUAGCAUAGGUAGCUAUAGCGCUUUCCCGAGGAUGGCGCGAAUGGCGCCAUCCUCGGGAAAGCCAGGAAGGCAUCACACGGGAACUGGGAGUUCCACGUGUGGAUGCCAUUUUGACAUGUGGAAGUUUGGAUCCCACAUGUCAAAAAUGGCAUCCACACGUGGAACUCCCAGUUCCCGUGUGGAUACUUAGUUGACUUUCCCGAGGAUGGCGCCAUUCCGCGCCAUCCUCGGGAAAGCGCUAUAUACUUUGGUGAUUGAAAUAGAAGGGAAAUUAAUUUAUUCCAAUAGGCAAGUUGAAGAUACGCUAGGGAUUAAUAUAGAUUAGGUUAAAUAAAGUUAUAGCAGUUCUCAAGGGAUUAUUUAUCUCCUCAUUGUACUGCAAGAGACUUAGGGCUUGAGUGGCCCUAAUCACCUGGCAUCAUGCUACACCCUUUUCGUGUCGGCUUUACAGUUUCUUAAGGAGGCUCCCCAGGCAAUGCUGGGUCUACUCUAAGACAAAGGACUCUCUUAGCCCUGGCACUACUCAGGGCAUGAGGGAUGGCCAACUGCCUCUUCCUAGACUACCCUCUAUCGAGUAAAAAUUGCUUCCUAUAAGUGCGAGCCAACUUUGCGCCUUCGGUUUAUUGAAUUUUCCUAUGGAUGACGCUGUUUGGCUUGGAUUUUCCCACUGGGGAAAAUUUUUUGUUUGACCAAACCAUAUGGUACUAUUCGAACCAAAAAAUUUUCCCAGUGGGAAAAUCAAGGCCAAACAACGCCAUGGGAAAUUCUAUAUAUCCUAUGGGGCAAGGAAAAAGCUUGUCAUGAGUUCUGACGGCACAAACCCAUCUCUGAUCUCUUAAAAGAAUGGGAUCCACUUAUCUGAGACCGAAAUCAACUCUCCAGUUAUCCUGACCUUUCUCAGCUCACCAUCAUUUAAAAUAAAAUUAAUAUAGAAGAUGCUAAAAAUGGCUCUUUUGAAGAAUGGCUGCAGCCAAACCAUUUACUUAUAUCUGAUAUAAAUUGCAUACUUCAAAAUCAAAAGAAAAGAAUCCAUAAGCCAGCUCAAAGGAUUUAUAAGUGCUCAGAAAUAGAAAAGGCAUCAUUAAUGUUUGAUUAUUUUUUGGUCCCUGUCAUUGAUAUUGGUACUCUUGAGAUAACAGGCGCAAUAUAUCUAUUUGCAAUAUAUUAAAAUAUUGAUUGACCAUUAUAAAAAAUAAAUUUAUCAGUUUUUUUAUCUACUAUAAAUAGGUAUAAUAAUUCUUGAAGACGUGACAGCUUUUGAAGAACUUAACUCAAAACUCGCCUUGAUGGAGCAAAAACUAUCUUCUCUGUCAUCAGCUCCUUUAAUUGUAGAAACCAGCCUUCAAAAAUGCAUUAAUAAACUUACUAUGAUUUCAAGUAAAUUUGAACCUGAUUCAGAUUUUUGUUUAAUAAUCAAUGAUGUGAUUGAUACCUUAAAAAGGGGAAACUUGAACAAGCUUAAGCUGGAUUCUAGGUCCUUAGGACCAAAUCUAAGAAGCACUUUAUCAGAAUAUGCAAAAUUCGAAAAAUCGCCAGGUCCUCGAAUUGAAGUUUGUGAAUUUCCAAACAAUUCAGGAAAUUUUCAAAAAUCAGAUGCAGGGAUUGAGGUCCUUCAAAACUGGAGUUUGAAUGCUUUUGAAGUUGACAAUGAGUACAAUUAAUUAGAUAUUUUAGCUGUAUGGAGCCCAUUAUCUGUAAAGGGAUAAGCCCAACUGGUGAUAUCACGGGCUAUUCUAUCAUUUAAAAUGGUGCGCCAUAUCAACAGUCUUCCUUUGUGUCAGUACUUCCGUCAGAUAGUACUUAUCAACCGGUGUUGCCAUUACUCUUGCUAGACUCCGUUUCUGCACGUACUCUGUCUAAGGUCAUCCUCCUCGGGUGUUGAGUGGAAAAACCUAAGCUUCUUGAAUGCACUGAGGAGCAGUUUCUCUAGCCUUAUCUGACCAAAGCUAAACCUCUGUUGCUCAGAGAAGUUUUCUAGAUAAAAUCAAACCCCAUAAAUAAAAAAUUCAUGAUCAAGAGAAAAUUAACAAAGCUAAUUUCUCUCGAACUGAAUUCCAUUUUUAUUUAUUUUGAGGUUGAUAAUCAUUUCGUCUAUAUCAAAUCUAUGCUAAAGCACUUCAACUUACUAAAAGAAUUUGAUAUUAAGACAUCAAAACUAAACGAAUUUGUAAUUUCUGUCAAGGACCAUUAUCAUGCCAACCCUUUCCAUAGCUUUAUUCAUGGAUUUACAGUGAUGCAUUCAAGUUUCUGAUUUUUUUCCAACACAAAAGCUGUGGCAAUUUUCAAAGCCCAUGAAAUUCUAGCACAGUUAAUCGCUGCAUUAUGCCAUGAUGUAGAUCAUACAGGUCAUACCAAUACUUACGAAGUCAAUAGUUCAAGCAAGUUUGCAAUAACCCAUAACGAUAAAUCAGUCUUAGAAAACCACCACGCAUCAUUAACAUUCCAUAUCCUUCAACACGAAUCCACCAAUAUUUUUGAGAAUAUUCCACCAACAACCUUUAGAGCAAUUCGCAAAUUAAUGAUAAAAUGCAUUUUAUGGACUGAUAUGGUCAAACAUUUCCAUAUGGUUUCGUGCAUGAAUACGAGGUUUAAUGAUUUAAAUGAAAAACCAAUAGGAACACUUGGAGAUGACUGUGAAAAAGUUGGGGCGCUCAUGCUGCAUUUAAGCGAUUUAGGGCAUAGUGCAAAAGAAUUUUCGCUGUAUUCGGAAUGAUCAAGAAGAGUUUGUAAAGAAUUUUCGCAGCAGUAUAAGGAUGAACUGGAAAAUGGGCUGCCUACAACAGAAUUUAUGAAAAAUUUGGACCAGCCUUAUCAGUAUUAUAAAGGAGAAACAGGAUUUUUGACAAUUAUUGCGAAACCUUUGUGGGACUGUGUAAAUUUGUGGCUAGGCCCAGAAAUUAAUAUAUGUAUGGAAAAUUUGAAUGAAAAUAUUAAAAGAUAUCAAGAAAAAGCUGAAGAGGCUUCAAUAACUCCUUCAUAA